AGUUCUCAGCCUCACUUCAACCCCAGCCCAGGCUCUUCCCAGGUUCCUCCCUAAACUCGGAUGUUCAGGGGCAGGAGGGAACCAUGGUUUCCUCACUGUGGGGUCACCAGCUCUUUCCACUUUGCCUGACACAUUGUGGGGAGUUAUACCUAUCUGAUGAAUAAAUGAAUGAGAAACGAAAGAUCAAACUGUGUUUGGGACUCUUGCAGGUAGCAUGCGCGGACGGAGGAUGGUAAAAGACGAAGAAAAUGCCUAUGGUUCCGAGGACAACCCGCAGGAGCCCAGGCUCAGGCUCAUCCUGGCCGGGAGGACGGGGGCCGGCAAGAGCGCCACAGGCAACAGCAUCCUGGGCCAGCGGCGCUUCCUCUCGAGGCUCAGCGCCGCGCAGGUGACCACCACCUGCGCUGUGGGCAGCUGCCGCUGGGCCGGCUGGCACCUGGACGUCAUCGACACCCCGGACCUGUUCGGCGCCGAAGACCCCAGGACAGAGCCGGGCUGCGGCGAGAGGGGCCGCUGCUACCUGCUCUCGGCGCCCGGGCCGCACGCCCUGCUCCUCGUCAGCCAGCUGGGCCGCUUCACCGCCCAGGACCAGCAGGCCGCGCGCCGGCUCAAGGCCAUGUUCGGCGAGGGCGCGGGGGCGCGCACGGUCCUGCUCUUCACGCACAAGGAGGACCUGGCCGGGACCUCGCUGCAGGACUACGUGCGCUGCACCGACAACCGCGCGCUGCGGGAACUGGUGGCCGAGUGCGGCGGCCGCGUCUGCGCCUUCGACAACCGCGCCAGUGGCACGGAGCGGGAGGCCCAGGUGGCCGAGCUCAUGGCGCUGCUGGAGCGGCUGGUGCGCGCGCACGGGGGCGCGCCCUACACCAACGACGUGUACGGCCUGGCGCGCGCCCUGGGCCGCGCGCGCCCCGAGGAGCGGCUGCGCAGGGUGGCGGAGAGCGUGGCGGCCCGAGUGCAGAGGCGACGGGGACGCGGGCUGCUGGCGGCGCUGUAGGGGCGCGGGAAGGCGCCGUGGAGCCGCGUGAGGCUGGUCGUGGCCGCGCUGCUGGGGGCCCUGGGCCUGCUCUUCCUGCUGCUCGCCAGGCGCCGGGCGGACGCCUUGCGGGAGGUCGACCCGGGCUGACAGACCUUAUAGAGGCCUUGACCCAUCCACUGAUGAGCACAUUCGUGCCUGGUGUUCUGUGCCUUCAGUGCUCACAGGCCCUCCUUCCUUCCCCCACCUCGCCCUCAUCUAACAGCUUCAGAGUCCUGCCAGGUCCCACGUCCCUCCCCAGACCGUCGCAUGGGACCUGGCUCUCUCUGAGCUCUCCUCUCACUGAAGACAAACAGCUCUUGUUGCUUUAGCUUACUUCGCCCUGACCCCAGGCUGCCCUUCCCUUCAUGGAAUUGGCUUUGCUCUGAAAGCAGAUGAGGAACGCUUGUCCUCUCAUCCCCUGGAGUCCCCACAGGACCAGGGCGAGAGCCAACACAGAGCCUCAGGACAAAUCGCUUAUUCGAAUUGACUCUGAACUGAAUAAAUAAGUGUACCGACAUCACGUUGUGUCAGAGGAAAUCAGUAUUUGUAGAUGUUUGCUCAUCUGCCUCAUAUGCCCAUUGAACAAGGACACUACUCUGCCGUCCCUAACCCUAUCUGCAAAAUCCAUGCACCCCAGUGCAGACGCACACCGCACACACCUUCGGGUGUGUGAUCCUAAGAAGUCAGCAGCUUGGAGUAGAACCGCCCGUCUGUACCGGUGGCAGAAUGAUUCCCGGUGCGUCCUCCUUCAGACUCCUCAGCAGCUUGAUGGCAGACGAUUCCACAAGUCCGAGGAAACUACGUGUGACUAGAGACUCGAUUGCCCAGGAGCCACUGAGACCCUGCAGAGAGUCUGCUUCUGAAGCGGAGUUUUCUCACUAGCCUACACUCUCACAGGGUAAGGAUAUGCUUUUCAACUCAGGGAUAAAUAAAAGAAUGUAAGAGGUCAGAAAUUUUUCUUUUAUUUCAAUGCCAAAAUAAGGGCAAACAGGUCUUUGUCGGCUGAGAACUGGUGCUAAGGUGGUGAGUAUGGAGUCAUCUCCUUCUGUCCCAUGCGUAUCUGGGGAAGUCAGCUCUCUGGUCUAGGUGAUGUGAGCCGGGUUAGCCUAUGUGCUCAGUCCUAACUGUGCCUCCCCAUCUCUCCACUCAUACUCGCUUUGUCCCCAACACCACCACCGUCGCACCCAGUCAAGCACAUCUGGGGUACUGCUGUGUAAUUCCAGAUCUCUUCCCUGUAGCAUCCUCCACCCAUUGCCUUCACAGCCAGAGAAUCUCAGGUUACUGAUGACCUCAGAUCACUAAAGAAACACAUA